GGGGGACGCAGCUGUUUGGCCGCUGUUUGGCCGAAGCAGACCAUCUUCCCCAAUCGAAACAACCCGCUGUUUGGCCGAAGCAGACCACCCACGCAGCAGAUUCUGCGGGCUCCGGCGGCCCCUGCCACCUCCGGCGACAUCUACGUGCUCCCCUCGACCUCCUCCACAAAUCCCCUUUGCUUGGUUGGUCCGCCUCCAGCCCUGCACGUAUAUCGACGACGCCACCAAACCCUACUUGUCGCCGCCCUCCUUAGUCGUUGACAUCGCGGGAGUGGCGUUCUGCGGCGUCUCUUCUUCUCCAUCUCCCUCAACCAUCGCGUUCCUCAGCCGAUCCAGAAGCCUCUAGAAGCGUCGCGAGCGCCGAAUCCCGCGGCCAUGGCGGAGAGGCUGGCACCCGAGAAGCGCCAUGCCUUCGUCCACAAUGGGCAGAAGGUUUUCGAAUGGGACCAGUCGCUGGAGGAGGUGAACAUGUACAUCGAGCUCCCCAAGAACGUGCCCACCAAGCUGAUUCAGUGUGUGAUCCAGGCCGGCCACGUUGAGGUCGGCAUUCGCGGCCACCCGCCCUACCUCAACCAUGACCUUAUGCACCCCGUGAAGACCGAUUCGUCUUUCUGGACGAUAGAGGACGGUGAAUUGCAUAUCACUCUGCAAAAAAGGGAAAAGGGGAAAGCAUGGGCAUCUCCAAUAAAAGGCCAAGGUAGCUUAGAUCCAUAUGCUGCAGACCAGGAACAGAAACGGCUUAUGCUGCAAAGGUUUCAAGAAGAGAAUCCAGGGUUUGAUUUUUCGCAGGCUCAGUUCAGUGGUACCUGCCCUGACCCAAGGACCUUCAUGGGUGGAAUUCACACUGAUUGAAGAAGCUCGGCUCAAAAAAUCUUGCUGGAUCAUUGACGUAUCUUGUCAAAUGCGACAACUGUACCUAUCGCAUAUGUUAAUUGUGAAAACAAUGUGUUUUCGGAUUAUUCAGUGUUUACCCUGGAAAUAAUGAUGAUGUGUGAUGUUGACCUUCUCGCCGAUCAUGCCAAGGUGAAACUUUGUUGCUGAACCUGCUCUAUCCACUGAACCUAAUAAGAGUCCCUCGAUGGUGGGAACAUUAUGCA